AUGGUUCUAUUUAAUAACUUUCAGUUCUGCAUUAGUGCAUGUGCUAAAGCUGAAUAUGAAGUGGAUGGAGAAUGUUGUCCUGUGUGUGGACCUGGUUUUCAUUUGUACAAACAUUGUUCUGAGUACACAUCUACAUCAUGUAAACCCUGCACUCCAUCCACUUUCACUGAUUUACCCAAUGGACUGAGUCAGUGUUUCCCAUGUACAGUCUGUGAUUCCAGUCAAGGGUUAAGAACAAAGACAGAGUGUACAUUGACUGCAGACACCAUCUGUGAACCACGUGAAGGAUUUUACUGUAUUGACCAACACAAACACAGUUGUAGAGCAGCUGUUGAACAUUCAAAAUGUAACCCUGGACAAUACAUCAUACAAAAUGGAACAGCAUACAGAGACACUGUGUGUGGUGACUGUGUUGGUGACACUUACUCAGACGGUUCAUUCUCAUCCUGUCUGCCACAUACACAGUGUGAGAGUUCCAAUGGUGUCAAGAGAUGGGUAAAAAUACCAGGAACUCAUUCAUCGGAUACUGAAUGUGAAGAACAACAGACAGUUUCCAUCAUAAUUGGCAUUAUAUCUGGUGUUUUAGUUAUUGCAGUGGGAUUAGGAUUAGGACUUCUUUGUCGUCGGUACAAAAAAAGGAAAUCCCUGAACAUAGGAAGAGAAUAUGUGAGGCCAGAUGGUGGUGCUGUGGGAUCAUUUCGACUAAUUCCAGGUCACAGCAGAUGACGAGACAUAGAGUGCCUGCAUCACCUUGGAGUAAAACCUGUUUACCAUCAUCUUGUACUCCUGGUCCCAAUGGAGCAGAACCUGGGUCCGGCAUGCAGUUCUACAGAGCCACCACCGAGAGUGUCCUCACCUCCUCCAUCAGUGUGUGGUACCCCACAUCUGCAGCAGCUGCUGAACAUUCAAAAUGAACAGCAGAUACAGACACUGUGUGUGGUGACUGUGUGAUGCCUGUGUGAUGACAGUGAAACUUACUCCGAUGGCUCAUUCUCAUCCUGUCUCCCACAUAUACAGUGUGAGAGUUCCACUGGAGUUGUGAGACGGGAUAAAAGGCCAGGAACUCAUUCAUCAGAUACUGAAUGUGAAGAAAUAAACACAGUUGCCGUCAUAAAAGAGAAGAUAUGAGGACAGAUGGUGAUGCAGGAGAAUCACUGAGACCAAGUCCAGAGGGAGAAAACAGUGAAGAUCAGCACUACAGUGCAGUGUAACAGCCGUGUUUAUAAUGUCAACUGUACAUCUUCAUGUUUGUGUAACACACUCCUCGACUCACAUAAGGCAAAGUCCCAUAAACUUAAAAUAUAACAACAAACAAUUUCAAUGGGGGAUUUUUAAUACAUCCAUAGGCAUUUAAAAUUGAUGUGCAAAUCUGCCUAUUGUAACUAAUAGGGCAAUUUCCCUUCACUCAUUCCCCUCUUCAUGUGAAUGGCAUGUGAUGGGACUGAAUUCACUUCUCUAGGACAGGCAAGAGUAGAAAAUGAGACACUUUAAAGGUAAUUAAAAGCAUUACAUUUUGUCUUCUUACUGAUUAAACUGUUUUAUUCCAUGUUUAUUUUCUCUUUAUCACUGUAAAGAAAAUUCCUAUAAAUUCAACAGUAACAGUAGAGUUGCCAGUAAAGUGUUGUCAAUUUAGAGGAGUUGUAAAAUUUCAGAA